AUGAAAAAUGACAUUUAUCUCCUUGGUGAGGUAGUGCAAAAAGCCCAAGAGUUAUAUUGGAAGAACUACAAGAUCGACAUAGAAUGCAAGGUAACUCUUUCUUCAGUGGCUCUAACCAUCUUUCGUAUGAAGUACUACGACGUUAACUCCCUCUAUCCUUAUGUAAUGCAUGAUUUUCCGAUGCCUGGAGGUGAGCCUGAGUGGCAUGGAAAUCUGGGUGAUAAGGACUUAGAUAGCCUCUUUGGCUUUAUUGAGGCAUAUGUGGAAUGCCCCGAGACUAUAAAGAGACCCUUCCUUCCCUUUCGGGAUAAAAAAAGGGGUCUUAUCUUUCCAACGGGGUCUUUUUUUGGUGUCUACUAUAGUGAGGAGUUAAAGUAUGCAAGAGACAUAGGCUACACUGUGAUCCCGCUCUCAGGCUACCUCUUCCAGAAGAAGGAAAGCCCGUUCAAGGACUAUGUUAGCACUCUUUAUAAUAGCAGAUUAAAGGCUAAGAAGGAAGGAAAUGACGCCCUUGCCUUUCUGUAUAAGAACCUUUUGAAUUCGCUGUACGGAAGGUUUGGAAUUCACCCUAAAAGCACGAUAACCUUGAUCUGCGAUGACAAUAAAUAG